AGGCGACUCAAAGGUAUUUUCCCUGGAGCGGCGACUGGUCAUGCUGGGGCAACAAAAAUUGGAAAUAGUGGAGCAAAAUCGUAAAUAUUAGCAAAUGAGCCACCUUUACGACCCUCGAGCGUGUUGAGUUGCGAGGCCCACAAGCACCGAAGCGCAUUUAACCCCCGCCGGAUCGAGUCGCCCGCCCAGGAGCCGCGAGGACAACCCAAAAGCCGUCCGAACGCCAGGAGAAGCGCUCGCUGCCAUGUCAGCUCCGCUGGCCAGAAACUGGCCGUACAUCUGGCAACAGCUGAACGCCCUGCUGCACAACACCUCGCCGGUGAUCACCUUGAUCUGCGUGGUGACCACCUUCGGCUACCUGCUCUCCUUCUCGGAGCAGGCCAUCCUGCUGCUCAGCGUCACGCCCGGCUACAUCCUGCCCAACGGCAAGUUCUGGAUAUGGACCGCCUUCACGUUCUGCUUCAUCGAGCUGCACUGGUGGGAGGUGGCCGUCGACGUGGUCACCGUGGGCCUCUGCGGCAAGAUGCUGGAGCCCCUCUGGGGCCAGCUGGAGAUGUUCAAGUUCUUCGCGCUGAGCAACUUCGGCGUCUCGCUGCUGACCACCGUCUACUACCUAUUCUACUACAUGGUCACCAAGAACCCGACCAUCCUCUUCGACGUCCACAUCCACGGCCUGGCCGGCUACGUGGCCGGGAUCUGCGUGGCCGUGCGCCAGAUAAUGCCCGAUCACCUGAUCUUCAAGACGCGCUACGGACGUCUGACCAAUAGGAACGUCCCCCUCACCGUGCUCAUAAUGGCCAUUAUCAUGUGGGCCAUUGGCCUCCUGGAUGGCACGUAUCCGGCCAUGUUUGCCUCUGGAUCGCUCGUCUCCUGGAUCUAUCUCCGCUUCUACCAACACCAUCCCAAUGGGCGUGGCGACAGCUCCGAGAGCUUCACGUUCGUCAGCUUCUUCCCGAACGUAUCGCAGCCGUUUAUCAGCGUGUUGGUUAAUCCCAUUUACAACUGCUGUUUGCGGGCGGGCGUGGUCAAGACGCCCACUCCGCUGCGGACGAUAUCUACGGCCAGCUUGACGUCGAUAUCGGUGCAAAUGCCGGGCGUGGAUCCGCAUGAUAUCGAGCGAAGGCGACAAAUUGCUUUGAAGGCGCUGAGCGAGCGCCUAAAGGCCACGGACUCUAAUCGUCACUCCCAGUUGCCCAAGUCGUUCCCGCAGCAGCAGCAGCUGCAGCACCACCAUCACCAACAUGCGCCGCACCAGCAGCAAAAGCAUCACAGUCACGGCGGUGGGCACAGCCAUGGAGCGGGCCACAGUCACAGCCAUGGAGCGGGUCAUGGCCACAGUCAUGGCCCCGGCCCCGCUCAGAUGCCGCAGCCCGAAUUCCUGAAGCCCUCUGGCAGCGCCACUCAGCUGCCCAUCACAACGUCGCGGGCGGAGCCACGCAUGAUCAGCACAAUGAGCCCGAUCGCAAUACCCAUGCCGGCGCCACCGCCCAAGGAGGGCGGGAGUAUUCCGGGUCAGGGUGCCGAAUCCCCCGACGGCGGCGGUGCUACACUUAUCAAUCUGGACGACGUACCGUCCACGUCUUCGACGGCUUAGACAGUGAUUCUAUGCAAACAUAAAUGAAUUUUUGAUAUUUAAACGAAUGAUCUAAUGAUUUACGCCCAUGUUUUGUAUGAUCCUGCAUCAAGUACGUACCCCCCCAAUUCGCGUUCCCCCCUUUUGUAAUUACCGUUCGUGUGUUUCGUAGUGUCCUGUAGAUUAACGCUUGCUUGCUGCGCACACCGCCGGCCGUGCUCCUAGGAACAGUGAAGUAAUAAGAUAAAAGCGAAAAACAAAUACCUUCCAGGCGAUAUGAGAAUAACUAGAGCCUUUACAUAGAUGCAUACUUUCUGUUGUAGUCUUUACAUGUAAUUGAAAAUGAUGCUUUAUUUAGUUAAUAACUGUAAAUAUAUUUAAAUCUCCAAAAAUAA